GUACAGUCGCGUGUGGUGAUGCAGUCCGGCUCGGGCGAGUACACCGGCUUCGUGCCCGACAUGCAGCGGCGCGUGCUGAUGAACCUCAUCGUCGUGGCCGUGUGCGCCGUGUCGGCGCUGGUGGUGCUGGGGGGGUACGCGUUCUAUCCACUUGGCGGCGGCGGUGGCGGCGCAUCGCCCGUGGGGGACAUCAAUGGCGCGGCCGUCCCGCUGAAGAAGUGGGUCGCCGGCCACAAGGAUAACGACCGUGAGCUGGUGCAGGGCCUCAAGGGUGAUGCCUACUACCUCAUCUCCACGCCCGACGGCAUCAAGGACUUCGCGAUCAACGCGACCUGCACUCACCUCGGAUGCGUGGUGCCGUGGGUCCGCUCCGCGAACAAGUUCUGCUGCCCCUGCCACGGCUCGCAGUACGACGAGAACGGCAAGGUCGUCCGCGGCCCUGCGCCCCUGUCCCUGGCGCUCGCGCACACGUCCGUCCUCGAGAGCGGCGACAUCGCCGUGGCCCCGUGGCCCGAGCAGGACUUCCGCACCGGCCUCGAUCCCUGGUGGAGCUGA